UCUAAAUCUCAUAAAAAUUGAUUCCCAAAAUUCGGAAAGUUUAGCAAUUAAUUUCCGCAGAGGGAGUAACGUGAUUGUGCGAGAUGUUUUAUACUUCAUAGCUUACGGGGGCAUGAAUAAAUGAGAGCACUUCACAGUGACGGUGCUUAUUUAUUUUCUUCCAUCACAAAGCCUCGAGGCCUUUCCGGAAUAUUCAAGCUGGUCUCCCCGGCGAUCAUUUCACCGGCAAAAAAUCUGCAGUCUUCUAGAAAUGAAAUGUGUAGCCAUGGCAUAGUUUAUUGGAAGAGUACAUCCAAACGAAAAUUAGAAUCCGCAGAGACAAGACAUGGCUGAUUUCAGGACAUCUACUCAUAGAACCAAGUGGAUUUUUACUCCCCAAGAUAUUAAACAUAAGUAUAAAGUUGCUAAUCAAAGAGCAAAACAAGCACUAGAGAAGUAUGGAACAACGCGAAUGGAAGUUGAUAUUGAUGGGUCGUUCUCGUAUGCUGAAAGUCAAAAUGAUGCAAAAGAUAGUGCUGAAAAGCGUCCUAAACCACUCAAGGUUGAAGAAGAACAACUUCUAAGGGCUUUUUACGAGUUCAAAAUUCAAGACGUUUGUGAUGCCUUUAAGUUCCCACGUAAGAUUCAGGCAACAGCUCUCAUUUAUUUUAAGAGGUUUUAUCUACAAUGGUCUGUGAUGGAACAUCACCCUAAAGACAUUAUGUUAACCUGCAUAUAUGCAGCUUGCAAGGCAGAGGAAAAUCAUGUAUCAGCUGAGGAGCUUGGUAAGGGGAUUGGACAGGAUCAUCAUGUAAUCCUCAAUAAUGAGAUGUUGGUUUUCCAGAGUCUAGGAUUUGAUCUUAUUGUUUACGCUCCAUAUCGUGCUCUUGAAGGUUUUAUCAGUGAUUUAGAGGAGUUCUGUGGAGCUAAAGAUGACGACCAGCUUGUGGCACUGAAGGUUUCACUUGAUACUGCUAGGAUUGAAGUAGAUAAGAUUAUGCGUUCUGAUGGACCACUUCUACUCCCACCUGGGCAGUUGGCAUUGACAGCUUUGCAUAGAGCUAACGCAGCACAUGGCACAUUUGAUUUUGAGAGGUACCUGAGAAGUGUCCUAUCACGUCAUCAGCCAGCUCAUGUGAUUUCAGAACUUACUGGUUCUAUAAAUGCCAUUGAUUCUUUGAUUGGUAAACUUUUGACUCCGACUUCCAAAGAUGUGAAGCACGUUGAUCGGAAACUCAAAUCAUGUCUUGAUCCGGGUUCACAUGACAAGAGUAAAAAAAGGAAGCAUAGAUCCAAAGAUAGCUCACAUGAGGUUACGGGCAUAUCUUGAGCAUUCAAGCAUUUAUUAUUUGGCCGGUGGAUAUAGUUCCUCAUUGCUGCUCAUCAGUGUCCUAAUGGAAGACACCAUCUACUACAUUUGCAUCAGGUUGACCGCUGGGCGGAUUCAAGAUUUAAAUUUAAUGGGUUCAACUCUAAGAUUCUCUCCCCAUUGUAGUAUUAAAAUUAUGGGUUUAGAUCUAAUAUUUGUUGAGAUUUUAGUACAUAUGUCAAUACUCCUUAUCGAAAGUCAUGAAUUUAAAUGAACCUGUAGUUGAAAGUUAGGUUUGGUUACUAAUGGUUUUCUUUUGUAUUUUUUGUAUUCAGGUAGUAAAAAAACAUGGUUAUUUCAUAUAUUUAAUGAGAAUGUGGUAAUGACGCGAA